UACAACAUGCAGUCAGCUGGAUUCCUCCUGUUGUGCUUUUCACUCAGCAUUCUACUCUAUGAAUCGAGUAAUACCCAUACAGCUGAUAUCCCGGAGGUGCUAAAAGUCACUGCAAAAAGUUGCAGAGAACUUCUGAAGAAACAUGGAAAGAAAAAAGGUACGUAUGAUCACUUUCAGCACAACACACUCACUUCAGCACAAUAUUAUAAUACUCUAUGUUCCCCAGAUGGUUUGUACUACUUGCUCUCUAAAAACCAUGAGAUUUACCAAACGUACUGUGACAUGACCACCAAUGGGUGAGGCUGGACACUGGUGGCCAGUGUGCAUGAGAACAACAUAUACGGGCAAUGCACUGUAUGUGAUUGCUGGACAAGCCAACAAGGCAAUGCUGCAAAUUAUCCUGCGGGAGAUGAGACAUGGGCUAAUCAAGUCAUAUUUGGGACUCCAGAAGCUGCAACCAAUGACGACUACAAGAAUCCUGGCUAUUUUGACAUCCGUGCAAAAGAUAUUGCCGUGUGGCAUGUUGCCAAUGAUCAUGACAUGGAGUUCUGGAGAGUUACUUCCGUUUUACGCUACCACACUAAGAGCCAAUUUCUGACACUGUUUGGAGGGAAUCUUUACAACUUCUUUAAGAAACACCCUUUAAAAUAUGGCACAGGGGCAUGCAGAACGAUUGUUUAUGAUGUUGCCAACGAGAUGAGGACUAAAGAAUUGUAUGGAGAAUAUGUUAGAGGGGAUUUCAACCCUGGAUAUGUAACAUUCAGAGUUUUCAACGAUUACAGUGAGGCCUAUGCAAUGUGUUCUGGGGUCAGACCGAAAGGAUGCUAUGCACAAUAUUAUUGCAUUGGCGGUGGUGGCUACUUUCCAAACACUUAUUGCAGCGAUUUCGCCUAUUAGGGUGCAAAUAACGGUGCAACAAAUGGAUAUGGUGCAUCUAAAGAGCUCAUAGCAUCUGUGCUUAUUUUCUACCGCUAAAAUACAAGACAUUACAAUGUAACUUCCAGCAACUGUUUCUUCUUGCACUUAAGCAAAGUUCCUUAGUAGACACACACACACACACACACACACACACACACACACACACACACACACACACACACACACACACACGCUUUUGUAUUAUUAAGAUCAAACACAAAAUG